AUGAUGGCUAAGAAGCCCCCAAAACCAGCCCCUCGCAGGAUUUUCCAGGAAAGGUUAAAGAUUACUGCUCUACCCUUGUACUUUGAAGGUUUUUUAUUAGUUAAGCGUUCAGCAUACCAGGAGUAUAAACAUUACUGGACAGAGCUGAGAGGAACUACACUUUUCUUUUAUACCGACAAAAAAAGUACAAAAUAUGUUGACAAAUUAGACCUAAUAGAUCUCACAGGUCUUACUGGCCAGACUUCAACUGAAAAGAACUGUGCAAGGUUCACCCUUGUUUUGCCAAAAGAGGAAGUGGAACUGAAGACAGAGAACACAGAAAGCGGGGAAGAAUGGAGAGGAUUCAUUCUCACAGUAUCGGAGUUAUCCGUUCCUCAACACGUGUCGCUCCUACCUGGGCAAGUAAUCAGACUGCAUGAAGUACUAGAGAGAGAAAAGAAAAGGAGGAUUGAGACAGAGCGGAGGCUGAGUAUGGCUGUGGAAAAAGAGAAGGAACCAAUUGAAGAUUAUGUGGAUGUACUGAACACUAUGCCCACAUGUUUUUACACAGUUUCCCGGAAAGAAGCCACGGAGAUGCUGGAGAAGCACCCUUCCUGGGGCAACAUGAUCCUGAGGCCCGGCAGUGACAGCAGAAACUACUCCAUCACUAUCCGGCAGGAGAUAGACAUGCCAAGAAUCAAGCACUAUAAAGUGAUGAGCAUAGGAAAAAACUACACUAUUGAACUGGAAAAACCUGUAACACUCCCAAACCUUUUCAGUGUCAUUGAUUAUUUUGUGAAGGAGACUCGAGGAAAUUUGAGACCAUUUAUAUACUCAUCAGAUGAAAACCUUGGCCAAGAACCCAAUGUAGAGGGAAGAAUUGAGAAGCUGAAGAAAAUUCCACACAAUGAGUGA